AUGGGCAGAGAGAUUUUAGAGAAAGGGAAGAAAUUUGUGAGGAAGGCAGUAAGGAUGGUGGAUAUGUAUCCCAAGAAGAUUAACUUCACGUUUAAAGGCAAAGAAGAAUUCCAGACCUUCACUGGAGGAAUUGUAUCCCUGGUCUUAAAGGUGGCCAUCAUUCUUUAUUCAUACCACAUGAUGUCCAUCUUGAUUCGCAAUAAAGACAGUUCAAAAAAUAUCAACAGAACGAACAAAAGCAAAUCUAGUACAAGACACAGAGCCAUUUCACCUUGCUUUCAGCUUGCCAUAAAAGCAGAGAAAAAUGGAGCUGAUUUUGAUUUGUUUGAUAAGCCCGAAUACUUCACAGCUAAUGUGCUUCAAGUGAAUGCAAAUCAAAGUGCUGGUAAAUAUGAAACAACUCCAAUAAGCUUAUCUAAGUGUGGGUCUAGCUUUAACUACUCGAACCAAGCUGAAAUUGACCUUCUCAAGAUCUCAGAGUAUUACUGCCCUGAGAACAAGAAUUUCACUGUUAUGGGGAAUCUCCACUCUGAAGAGCUUUCCUUCUUUAAUUUCCAAAUUUCGAGAUGAAAUAAUGCGACCAGUAGCACUACUUGUAAGACAAAUGAAGAAAUUGAUCAACUCGCUGCUGCGAUAGAUGUCAGAAUGAUGGUUGUGAACACUUACUUCGACUUUGAAGAUUACGAUAAGCCAAUAAAGACGUAUCUGGACGACAGAUUCCUACUGUAUAUGACUCCUGGGUUCACACAGAACGUAUAUGUCAAGAUACAAAAAAAUGAAGCUGAGAUCCAAGACGAUUACUUCGCCUUCGCUCCUGGAGGAGAUGUCACUGAAUUCAUUGGAUUCGAAUCUGUGGAGAAUAAUAUGUUCUCAGAAAGAAGUCCAGCCAAUAACUUGCUUAAUGUCCUAUUCAUCAAAGAUUCAGCAUCUAUAUCGUACGAGCGUACUGUUUUCACAGUACUCGAAGCUUUUGGAAAUAUUGGAGGACUGAUAGAGAUAUUGUAUGUUGGAGGCAGCCUUGUUGUGAAUCUUUUCGCCAAUACGCAAUAUUUCUACUCGGUUUUUGGACAUAUGUAUCAAGUUGAAGAGCCAACAAAGGAUUAUCAAGUUGAAAGAUCGCCAUCACAUAAUUCAAAAACGCCUCGAUAUAUAAACUACGAAGACAGGAAGAGUUUGGAAGAAAGCGAUACUUUUUCUAAUAACCCAAAGAGAGAGUUAGCUAGACAAGCCCAACAAGCUAUGAAGAGGAGGAGCAGAUAUACAUGGAAGGCCAUAGACCUUCUAUAUAAUGUCUCUGGAUUCUUGCAGUGUGUCUUUAAGUGAUGCAUUAAUAAGAAGAACAAAAUGAACAUAAAUCAAAGACUAAAGUACUAUAGAAAAGGAAAGAAGAAAUAUGCCCAUGAAUUUGAUGCUAUUAAGUUCUCUAAGAACAUGAGGAUUCUAGAUACCCUGGUGAAUUCAUUGCUCGAUGAUAAUCAGACAUUUAUGGCAGUGAACCAGAAGCUAAAUGUGCUCACUAUAGAUGAUAGUGAUACCCCUGGGAAAGAAGAUAAUGAUAAAGACCCAACUCUUUUUACUAAGCAUACUGAGAAGAAAAGCUACUAUUCUAAAAUUGAUAGAUUCAUUGAGGCUUAUUUGAAUGAAAGAUGGAAGCAAAAAGAUUACCAGCUAACAUCAGGAAUAACCAAUAAGAAAUAUCUUAACAAUGACGAAGUCAACGAAAUGAUGUCAAUAAACAUAAUGGACACUCAACAACUCCGCUUUACAAGCACAACUAAAUCUUACACAACUCGCCCUAUUCCCUCUCCAGAAGAAACAAAAGAAUCCCCUAAAAAACCUCCAAAGCUCCCAAAACUCCCCAAAAUCAGUAGCCAUUCCCAAAAUCCUUCUUCUGAAGCCCUUGAUUCAAAAUCCCCAAAAUUCCCAAAAUUCCCUUAACUCAUCAUUCAAUAUUCUAAAUUCCCUCU